AUGGGAUUGGUCUUCGUGCAACAGACAGACGUUAAGAUCGACAACCACUCGCAUCCGACGUCGCGCAAUCUUUCAAACAAAACGCAACAAAAUAUGGCAACACAACAACCAGACGAUCACAGCGACGGUCCUUGGAGCGAAAAGAACAAGCGCAAGUUCCGAAACAAAGACCUUAGCGAAUUCUAUGACCCGUGCCAGGAAGCCGCCGCGAGGAGCAUACAAUGUCUGAACCGCAAUGGCGGAGAUAGGACCAUGUGCCAGGAUUAUUUUGCUGCGUAUCGCGAAUGCAAGAAACAAUGGAUCGGCCGCAAGAAAGAAGUUUACAGCAUCCCGAAAGAGUCCAAGUCUGGAGGUGAACAAGACCAAGGGCAAUAAUGACUCGGCCUUCCGAGAAUGA